GCUCGUGUUCUGUCCAGCCGAAGCCACGCGCACAGACACAGGUGGCACGAGGAGGAGAGCUCCAGAGCGCUGUGAUCCACUGACCCUGCGCGUAAUAUCCUCCAGUGCGUAAUCUGAGCGCAGCGCACUUUUCUUCCAGCCGAGAAUAUCCUCCGGACUCACACCGGCUCGAACUGCAGCGGAUUCGACUCUCCGAGCUGAUGGCCCGAGCGCAAACCCGAGCUUUAUGGGUGCUGGCCCUGAUCUCCGGUGUAUCCCUGCUUUCCUCCGCCUCAGACUGUGGACAGGACUGUGCCCGCUGUGUGUACGGCGUCCUGGGACAGCACACCUCUCUGCCUCCACUGGCCUGUUCCAUGGAGUGUGGCGGUGCCUUAGACUCACAGACACUGCGCUUGUGUCAGGAGACUCUUCUAGAGAGUGACAUCCAACUCCCCCUAGAGGACAACACACCCGAGCUGGAGGAGGCUGCAGAGGUGUCUGUUAAAGAGGAAGAGGACACGCCUGAGCACCUUCUAGCCAAGAAGUAUGGAGGCUUUAUGAAGCGCUAUGGAGGCUUCAUGGCACGCCGCUCCUCCUCUGCACCAGAGGGGGCGCAAGAGGAAACCGCCAGCAUAGACGGCCAGGAGAACAUCCGUAAUGAGAUCCUAAAGAUCCUGAGCUUAGCUACAGCACAUGGGGAGAGUGGAGCCGAGGCCGUGAAGAGGUACGGAGGCUUCAUGCGAAGAGGAGGGGCUCAGAGCGAUGCGCUGGAGGCCAUCUUGGGGCGGGGUCUAGAGAAGCGCUACGGCGGCUUCAUGCGGCGUGUGGGCAGGCCCGAGUGGCUCCUCGACAGCAGCAAGAGCGGAGGAGUAUUUAAGCGUGCCUGGGAGGGAAGUCCACUACACAAGCGCUAUGGAGGCUUCAUGGACUAAAACAUGCAUGUUCCCCACUCUGCAAGUAACCAAUCGCACACAAAGGCCCGGGGCCACGCCCACUACACUCUUUCAGACCAGUGUUACACUCACAAACCCCGCCCACACCACGCUCUUUCAGACCAGUGUCACACCCACAAACCCUGCCCCCAAACUAAGAGCUGCUCUUAAGCUUUGUGUCAAUAAUAAAAGAUGUAACAGUACACAUCAUCUGUACUCAUCUGUACAGUCUGUGCUCUGGUUCUCAUCCUCAUUGACCAGUGUGAGUGUGCAGUUUACCUGCUGUUUACCACCUCAUACAGUCCUUGAGCCAUUCCAGUGUUUAGAGAGAAUGCACUCUACGCUGUGUGCUAUGUGGAGUGUGACUGGGAGACUCCUCAUGUGUCAGUGGCAGCAGGAUAGCAGAGUAAAAGCAGUGCUUGCUGUGAGUGUGUGCUUAGAUGUGUCUGAAUGCAGUGGGUGUACGCGGCCCCGGUGUAGCUCGCCCUCUGGACCUCUGUGCGUUGUACUUGUGCCUCUCAUCGCUCUGUGGUCUGUGCCCACAAAUACAAGUACUACUGUAUAUCACCUGAUGUCACAAAUCAUAUUUUGGCUAAUGUUUGAGUCUGUUCUUGUUUCUCAUCGUGAUAUUAUUUAAUAAAAUAUUCUGUUGAUUGA